UAAAAACAGGAUUACCCUGAGCUCCGGCUCCCGCUGCCUUAGUUCCCAUAGCCGGGAGCCGUGCACAAGCACCCCCUGCGCGCCCGCCGGGCACCGCGCGCCCGACAUAAUAAAAACACACACAAAAGGGGCAUGGAAGGGAUUCACUGAGUGUGUGCCUGCCUACCUGGACUAGGGGGAAGAGAAGCACUGCACUUUGACUAUGGAAGCAGAGGCUGCUGAUGGAUAUAUAACAUGUGACAAUGAGUUUUCGCCUGAAAGGGAGCACGCCGGCAUGGCCAUUGACCUCACCUCCAGUACACCCAACGGGCAGCACGCCUCCCCCAGUCACAUGGCAAGCACAAAUUCAGUAAAGCUAGAAAUGCAAAGUGAUGAGGAAUGUGACAGGAAGCCCCUGAGUCAGGAAGAUGAGAUCAGGGCUCAUGAUGAAGGAAGCAGCCUGGAAGAGCCCCUCAUUGAGAGUAACGAGAUGAUGGAUAACAGAAAGAUCCAGGAGCUAUCGAGCGAGGGAGGAAUCCGGCUUCCGAAUGGUAAACUGAAAUGUGACGUCUGUGGCAUGGUUUGCAUUGGGCCCAAUGUGCUAAUGGUACAUAAAAGGAGCCACACUGGUGAACGCCCCUUCCACUGUAACCAAUGUGGAGCUUCUUUUACCCAGAAGGGGAACCUGCUGAGGCACAUCAAGUUGCACUCUGGGGAGAAACCGUUCAAAUGUCCUUUCUGCAGCUACGCCUGCCGACGGAGGGACGCCCUCACAGGACACCUCAGGACGCACUCUGUGGGGAAGCCUCACAAGUGCAACUAUUGCGGCCGGAGCUACAAGCAGCGCAGUUCGCUGGAGGAGCACAAGGAACGCUGCCACAACUAUCUGCAGAAUGUCAGUAUGGAGGCUGCCGGGCAGGUCAUGAGUCACCAUGUACCUCCUAUGGAAGAUUGUAAGGAACAAGAGCCUGUGAUGGACAACAAUAUUUCUCUGGUGCCUUUUGAGAGACCUGCUGUUAUAGAGAAGCUGACAAGCAACAUGGGAAAGCGUAAAAGCUCCACCCCACAGAAGUUUGUGGGUGAAAAGCUCAUGAGGUUUGGCUAUCCAGAUAUUCCCUUUGAUAUGAACCUAACCUAUGAGAAGGAGGCUGAGCUGAUGCAGUCUCACAUGAUGGACCAAGCCAUCAACAAUGCAAUCACCUACCUUGGAGCUGAGGCACUUCACCCCCUGAUGCAGCACACACCAAGCACAAUUGCAGAGGUGGCCCCCGUCAUCAGCUCAGCUUACGCUCAGGUCUAUCAUCCCAACAGGAUAGAAAGGCCCAUUAGCAGGGAAACAGCUGACAGUCACGAGAACAACAUGGAUGGCCCGAUCUCCCUCAUCAGACCAAAGAGUCGAACCCAGGAUAGAGAGGGCUCCCCCAGCAAUAGCUGCCUGGAUUCUACUGACUCAGAGAGCAGCCACGAAGACCGCCAGUCCUACCAAGGAAACUCUGCCUUAAAUCCCAAGAGGAAGCCAAGCCCGGCUUAUAUGAAGGAGGACCCCAAGGCUUUGGAUGCCACAAAAGCUUCUAAGGGCUCUUUAAAGGAUAUCUACAAGGUCAUCAACGGAGAAGGGGAGCAGAUUAGGGCUUUCAAGUGCGAGCACUGUCGCGUCCUUUUCCUGGACCAUGUCAUGUACACCAUCCACAUGGGCUGCCACGGCUACCGGGACCCGCUAGAGUGCAACAUCUGUGGCUACCGAAGCCAGGACCGCUAUGAGUUCUCGUCGCACAUAGUCCGAGGGGAGCACACAUUCCACUAGGCCUUCUCAUCCAAAGGGGACUCGUAUGAAGUAGAACUGCACAUGAAGAAAUACUGCACUUACAAUCCUCCUUUUCCUCAGACAUUGAGACGCCUAUUUUGUUGUUGUUGCUGUUGUUGUUGUUGCUGUUGUUUAAUUAUUAUUAUUAACCUUAUUUUUUUUUUUUUUUUUUUUUUUGUGGACCCAACCUCAUUUUCUCUGCCCAGCUUAAGAAUGGAAAGGGAAGGGAUAAAAGACGGGUUUGUUGUUGCCGUCGCUUGGUGGUGAGCGACCCGCCUCGCUUUCUAGGGGAAUGGAAAGGCAGUCGGCGUCUAUCUUGAGCAGCUGUACAUCGUGUCCUGGUUUGGGCUAUCGCUCAACCCUGCUAGGUGCUUUAAAGUCCCAACGAGAUGCCACUCGUUUAUGAUUUCAAACGAAUAGGUAGGAACAUUUCAGAGAGCCUUUUUCAAAAGUGUACGUACAGUGUGGGGGUUCGGUGGUUGGUGGAAGGAGCUUUAUUCUGCAGAAUGAACAAUUCUUCUUAAAGCAAACCUGUUAGGGAUUUAGGAGCGCGGAUCAAAGUCAAUAUUCCUUUCAGAAUCACUCUCUAGGGUGAGCUGUUUCCCUGGGUUCAGUAUGUAUCGCCCUUUUAGAAUGUAAAAAAAAACCCAAUAAUAAUAAAAAUGGAAAAAUGAAUUGUACGUCUUAACACUGUACCACGUUACAACAGUUUAGUUUCAUAAGUCUGAGGGCCUUCUGUGGUAAGUCUGAGGCUUCGUAUUUUUUAUUUUCCUUAACUUAUGAAGCACCUUUUUUAGAGUUGUUGAUUUGCUGUUACUCCAUGCCUGUGUGGUAACUCACCGGCUUCCUGGAGACCCUCGGGAGCCUUACUUACUUAGUUGCACCCUAUGUUUUAAGAAAUAGCAUUUAGAAAUAACAUUUAAACUUGCUUCUAGGACAGUAAGUGGCUUAGGAGUGGGUGAGAGAGUCUGUAGUUUACUCAAGAGGUUCUGCUGCUCUUCUGAUAUAAUUUUGUUUUAAAAGUAUGGAUUUUAAAAUGACAAAACUACUCAUAGGAAAGUGUUCUUUAAAUAUAGGUAUAUAGAGAUAUAUAAAUACUUUCUCAUUCUAUUAUCACAGUGUUAACCUCUUGGCAGCAGCCUAAACUAAGACUUGCAGCUGGGAAAACUCUAGGAGCCAGAUCCUUGGCCAGCAUUAAUCCUCUUAGCUCCAUUGAAUUCAAUGGAACUACUCCAACUACUUCAGCUGCAUCAGGAUCCGAGCCUUGACUGUUUUUCUCUUGUUGACAUCUUAUUUGCUCUUUUGCUGAACUGCUGGCUUCCGUUUGGUUUUAAGUCAUCCGUUCUGCUUUAGUUUAGAGGUGGAGGUGUUUACAGGUUUUGCUGGAUAACCUUUGCUCUUGGAGAGCACCAAAGCCCUGCAAGCAAACAGAUCACAUAGGACCUUCUCCGCUUCUUCAGAAAGUGGUACGUGGAGAUGCGGGUGCUGUGCUUCGGUUUUGGGUUUCAUUUUUAUUCCAGAUUUAUUAAUUUCACUGUAUGGAAAAUAAAUGGAGAAACCAGCUCCGGAGCAUGUCCUUGAGCUGCCCACCGGACAAGAAAAAAGCCCCACCAAUCCAUUUUGCUUCCUUUCUUUCUCUCCCAAUAAAUAACAAAGCCAGCAACCACCCCGCAAGCUGCAGGUUGCAUCAGUAAAAAACUGGGCUUAAACCUACGUGACAGAUUGCCAUUGAAACCCAACUGUUUGUACCAAUCACAAUUGAAAUGUUGUUGUUUGGCAACAAGAGCACUGCUUGAGAACGGAGAGAUCGGCAUGGGUUUAACCCCCUCCGUGCACAUGGUCUCCGUGCAUUUGGUGAGACCUUUUCCAAACUAUAAAGUUACUAAAGUAUAAAAGAGAGAGCAAGAUCGGGCCGUAAUGAAUUCCCAUCUGCUCACUUCAAUCUGCGUCCUCGAUGCAUUUGACAGUUUGCUGUUCGUUUUGAGGGUACUGGGUUGGGUUUUUUUUUUUCCUUCUUCUCUUCCUAGGCCUGGAGCUUUUGAAAGUAGGAGCUGAGUGGUAUUGAUUGAAAUCUUUUUAUGGUGACAUUCUUGGCAGCAAGAACCUGUGUUUAGAAAGGAUACAGUAGAUCAUGGCCAGAUUACCUGAUGACUGCUUCCCAGCACUGAAAUGCUAUUAAGUAGGAGCUGGUAAAGUCUUGCAGUAGCCUAUUAAUUAUAAUACAAUAUGGAGAGAAAUGUCAUCUCGUGUAAUGUGAGAGCUAUCAAGGCUGGGAAUAUACGGGCUUUGGAGAGACAGAUUUAAAGACCUAUUCCCAACAUUGUUCUUAAUGUCGUUGGGUUCCUCCCCCUCCUUCUUUCUUGAGGAAACUCAAGCAAAUUAACCACUGCCACCCUCCGGACCGGACUCGUUUGCUUGUGCUUGGUGCAGUCAAAGGAGUUUGUGCAGGAGAAAAACAGGAAAGUGCUGGAGGGCAUCGCUUUUAUGCCGUGUGGCUGUGAAGGUUGGUUUAGGAGGCAGCCAGGCAUCUUCUGCCUCAGGAUGUGCUUGGAAAUUCAGAAUAGGAGAGGAUUGCUUAUACAGCAUGCCACGAAAAGAAGGUGAUGGGCCUGAAGGUCACUAGGCUGGCUUGGGCCACCAGAAAGGCACAUGCCUGGGCCAGAGAAAGGAGUUGCCCGCAAUCCCUCUCAGUCUCUGGGGGACAACACUCCCUUUUCCGCUGUGUGGUCAGCAGAAAGGGUACGGGCUAUGGUUUCUUGGAAUAGUUAGCGCUAGGGAAAAAGGGUUCAAAAACUCUGCGUUUGGGAAAGCACCGGAAUACGGGAAAAGCAGAGAAUCUCUUGUGUAUCCACAAAUCAGUUGGCUGCAAUUAUAUCUGCAGUUUGUUAGUCUGCACUUUGAUUCAUUGAUGAUUCAUUGAUACCUCCUGCAGUGUAUAUUCUGUCGAUGGUUAAAAGAUCAGGUGGGGAAACACGGUGGUUUUUUAGCUCCACUUUCUUGUCCCAAUAGUAGCACUUGAGAUCUGUGUGGGAGCACGGCUACCCGAGAUCUGGGGAGGCGGCGCGGGACACGCUGGUUUAGUUAUCUCCCAAACCCCGUGUUUUUUUGGAGAGCCAGAAGCUGAGGGCAUACAUUAAUUUUUAUUAUCCGUGUUCUUUACUAAUCACUGACUGAAGUUUUUUAUCCCAGAGCUAUGGAAAGGAGAAAAGUCCAAUUCGAGUCCAGAUUUUCAACAAAGUGUUGGGCUAACAUUUAUUUUAACAUUCACUUCCUUCUAAAAAUUAGCGGAGGCUUUUUACGUAAAGCAUUUUGCCCCUACACAAAGUGUGCAGAAUGGGUCUCGGAGAUCGGCAAUUUUUUUCUUAUUCUUGCUUGCUCUCUGAAGAUUUCUAAGAAAAACUCUUGAGUUUGGUCGAGUUCAUUAGUCAUUCACAGCCUACUGGGAAUUUCAGUAGGUAAUCCUUGGCCUGCAGAUCCAUUUGUUCUAAGUAUUUGGUGCUGGAAAUUGAACCUGGCUGAUCUUGAAAUUCUUGGAAUCAGAGUUCCAGUUAAAAACAUGCAUUUGCAAAUUUAGAAUUGGCUUCCUGUGAGCGUUCCCCAUUUUCAUUAAAAAAAAAGCAAGCGGUUUCUGCGCACAUCCCUGCCAGUAAACCCUCUCACUUCUCUUUACAUCAAAAAUGGCAAGAUUCUGCCUCAAUUUAGAGGAUCACAAGCCUAUUAAUUGAAAUAGAAGUGUGACUGUUGCUUCUGCUCUUGGUAUGAUCCAUAUUCUUGGAGCAAAGGGCAUUAUCUAUCUAUCUGCUGUUACGGCCAAUGAAUUUUACAGCUGCCUCUCUUUGCAGUCAGUUAGGAGCACACAUCAAAAAAUAUAGCAUUUUUCAGUAAAGCCAGUGCUCUAUUCAGUAACUGAUGGGAUUAAAACAAUUUUAUUCUCCUUAAAAAGCGUUUCUAUCUAUGAUGUGAUGGGAAAGGUUUCUUGGCGUUAACCUUUAUUGGUCUGUAUUAGAGAGAAAGAAUCCGGCUGUGUUAAUUGGCCUGGUUUUUUUUUUUCCUGUGGGUUUAUUAGUGAUAGCGUCUACAGUGUGAGGACACAGCUCACAAAGUAGUAUAUUUAGUAAAAGCAAUUCUCAAUGUUAGGAGUUUCCAAAUUGAUUUCUGUUUACAGGGGUUGAAUUGGGGCUGGCAGGCAGGAGGGGAGGCCGGGAACAGAACCAAACCCUUCGAAACUGGCCUUUAAGAGGACAGUAUUAGUGUUGUCUAGGUCCUGAGCUGGCUUUUUCGUCUCUGAAAGAAGCCAGACAGCAGACACUUCUUCCUCCAGAAAGAAACUUUGGAGGUGAUUUAGGGAUAGGUGCCUGGUUCAGCCAAGAAUGGGAGCUGCAGUAGUAGAGUUCCUUCCCAAGAUAAUAUUCCUUUCCUUAACUCUUGCUGUACUUUCUAAUGUAACGUAAUUAUAAUAUAAUGUACUGAGGAGGAAGAAGGGAGUGCCUGAAUACUUGGGUACCUGUGUCGCCUAAAUUCAGUGUGGGAUUUUAGGGAAAGUGUGAUGAAAUUGGCUUUUGACGAUAGAAAUCUGUAUUUUAGCUUGGCUUGGUAUCAUUUCAAGGUAGGAAUGGGUGGUAGGAAUGGCUCGUGGUCCAGGGUGGCUGGAGAUGUUGAGGAAGUUAGUUUCUAUAUCUGGUAUUGUAUAAGGAGAUAUAUGCUUUAUUGUCUAUGUGCCUUUUUCAAAUGCAUUUUGGAAGCUCGUGCUGUCGUUCAUGGUAUCUCCCCAUCCCCUUUCAGAAUGCGUGACGAAACACAACCCAAAGUAAACAUCCCUACUCCUACGGUGUCGCGAGGCAGAUCCCGCUCCCGUUCUGCACCUUCCUUGGCAGUUUGACCCGGCGAGAGGGCCGUCUGAGGGCUUUGCUGUGAGAUUUCCUGGAGGCAGCUGGCUUUUGGGAGUGGGAAGGGCUGAAAAUCACCCUGCGUUCCAGCUCUCCAGCCAGAGCUGGUCUCGGAGCUGGUCCCAACCAACACAGCGUCCCGAGACUCGCUGCAAAAGCCCUCAGCAGCGCAGCGCUGGGACAGGUUUCCCUCCACAGCUUUAAGUAAAGCACGCUCAGAAAUGGACUUUGUUGCGCUUUUAAGUUCCCAUUGAGGAACGGGAGCAGACUUCAAAGCAUCUGCUUCUUGCUUCAACCUGGAUAAAGAAAUCAGGCAAGAACAAAAGUCCUUUGGAAAUGGUGUGCAAGUUGGAGUGCGGUGCUGCUGCCGCCCUAAUCUGUGAUGUAAAGAUGAGAGAAGCCCAUCUGUAGGAGAUGCUACGGGGCUCUGUGAGCUGGAACGCUUUGGUGAGAGGCGCGGUGGUGUUUCGGUACUUUCCCGGCUGGUUGGUGACCUAGUUUCAGAGGGAGUUAUUCACCCUGCGCAGGCACAGCGUCUAAGCGUGCCGGCAUGGCAUGAAGCUGCCGGCAGGGAUAGGUGCUAGGCCUGCACGCCUUCGGUCAGACCCUCAGCACCCAUCUCUCUGCGGCCACAGAGAGUUUGCAGGAGGAGAAGUUGGGUCGAAACGAGGCAGUUUGUGGUAAAGCUAUUCCCUUUUAUCCCAUUAAGAGUUGUCCUGACUUAUAGGCCAAGGAGAACAGCACUGGUUUUUGCUUUAGCCUCCUACAGCUAUGCCUGGAAGCGUGUGAUUUCUGUCCAUCCCCUCAGAUAAAUAGCGGAAAGUGUCUGUUUACAUCAUCCAGCUUUUCAGUUGAUCGUGUAGGCAAGCAUUCCCAGUUCCUGUUCACUUCCAGCCUUCGGAAAGGUUGUUAUCGGUAUGCUCACAUGGAUCCUGAUUUGGAGGGAAAACCGCCCAUGCUCUCUCCUUCUGUAAAAGCUUUUCCUUUACAUAAAAAUCAUGAGACCUGAUUAAUCAGUGGACAGAAAUGACCAUUUUGACAAGGACUUACGUUGCUAUAGUAGAACUUAACAUUAUUUACAGGUACGACACAAAUACUGUCAUGAGUUUACUAGCAGUACACAAAGUAUUUUAGGAGAGUGAAUGACGGCGAAUUGAAUCAGAUCGUGGCUUGAGAGGGGCUUGUAUGAUGCGUACUCUGUUGGGAGAAAGGGAGCAGCUUGGCCCAAAGCUUGGGCUGAUGCUUCCUCCCUGCGGCGCGUAUUGACUUAGGCAACUGCAUUGCAGUCCAAGAAAACCUUUUAGCACGUGAUUAGCCUCCUGCCAUCCCUUUGAUUUGAUCUGGAAGCCCACAGGAGCUUUGCAAUUAACCGUGGGCUUAAUAAUUCCGAUUAUUGGUGAGAUCGGGGCCUUAUUUGCUGAUCGGUGCAGCACGGCAGCUCUGGGCAGGUCUCGGUUCCCAGUCCUCGGUGGUGGGGCUCCGCGGCGAAGGCAUGGUCGCUUACGGUUGUGUAGUAGCCUUAAUCCCUCGCACUCGGCGGUACGCGAAUGCCGGUAGCCUCUAGUUGGUAUUCCCAGUCACGGAUAAAAUAUGGAUUCUCCCACAAGGUGCAGCGGAGAGCACAACUCCAGUAUUGGCACGACGAGGCCAGUUUGCAGUAAAUCGGGCGAUUUUGGUUUUACCUCAAGUGAUAGCGAGUAAGAAAAUCUUCUUGAAGGGAUAGAGGUCACUGAAUCCCCUACUAUGCACUUACUGGGAUUCGACAUUGCUUACUGGAAACGGAUGUUUGUUCCUGAACACACAAGGGAAGGACUUUCUGGUUUAUUUUUGUAGAUUCCAAAACUGUGAUCAAUUAUUUGACGAAUUGUCAAUUGUCCUCAGAGCUUGAAUGCGUCCUCUCGGUCUCCUCCGGCUUGCAGUGGGUUUCUCCUCUCUCCCCCCUUUCCUUCUCCGAGCUUUAAGUCUGGGCCUGCUCUUCUCUCCCGUAGCUUUGGGCUGUCGAAGGGGUUUGGGGGUUGUUUUUGGGGGUUAUUUUGUUCAUUGGCUGUACAGUCUGUUUACAUAUUUUUGUACUCAAGCAUAGUUUUAUAUUAAAAACAGGAAAAAGAAAAAAAGAAAGUUAAUUUGAGAAAAACAAAAAAAGCAAAACCCUAAGGUACGUACUCUUUGAAACACUUUAAAGACCUAGGGUACCUUCCAAGAUGACUCCACAGUGAUGUGAUUAUAAUACUGUAUAUUUGCCUUCCUCUUUAGUUGGUUUUAUUUUCUGGUUGUAUUUUUUUUUUCCUAAAAUGUAUAUCUUUUUAUGAGAAACUGGAAACUUUUAAUGCAAAUGUUUAGAAAGAUUUAAAAUUGUAAAGUAAAAAAAAAAAAAAAAAAAUAAUUUUUUUUUUCCUGUUGGAAGAAAAUGCUUUAAAAAAAAAAAAAGUUUUACUACUGUUGUAUUCCAGGGUGGGGGUUACCAACCCCAAAUUUGCUUCUUAUGGCUUCAUUCUUGGAUCUUGCUUUCUAAACAUGCUCAUUACAGAUAUGGAUUAUUUGCUUAUAUUAGUUUUUAAAAAAAAAAAAAUCACCAACAAAAUCACCUUUUUGGGUUAUUUUUCUGUUCAAGUGCAAUACCUUCCCUGACAUCUUAUUGAUGUAUAAUGGGUUCUUUUUGCUUUCCUCACAAAUCAGUGAAACAAAAUGCUCUGUCUUAAAUACAUUCAAAGAUAAGGUUCAAGGAACUGCAUAAAUUAAGAUUGUGACUGACAAAAGGUGAGAAACUGUAAGUUAAGGCUAAAGCCCGAACCUUAACUCCUGCUUUUCUUUGACAUUGGAACACAUCCAGUGCUGGAAUUAAGGACAUACCUGCUCUUGCCUCUUCCUUCCUUUUCUUUUUUAAUUGAGGCUUUCUUUUUAAGAAAAGCACUUAAUAUUGAUGUUUAUCAAAAAUAACAAAAAAAAAAAAAAAGGAUAAAAAAAAAAAGAUCUCUUGGUCUGAUCCAAAACCCACUCAGUGGAGGCUCCUGUUGGCUUUGAUGAUGGAUUUUGGAUUAGUCCUAAUCCCUUAGCUAGGGCAAACCUGCCCUUUGCUCUAAUGGGAGAGAUUUGCCUGCGUAAGAACGACCGGACUCGUGUCCUUUAUCUACCUGAGAGACCAGAAAAGCUUCUUUAGAGUUGUCCUUGUCUUAUAUAAGUUUAGAUGGGACUUGUUUUACAUAUCAUACAUAUUUAUAUAUAGUGUAUUUUUAAUGCCUUUUUCCUCCCCGCCCCGUAGACUGAAGCCGCUGUUCUGUAAAUAUGCAUUUAGGUACGUAAUAAAAUAAACAAAAUCCCAUCGAGGUUUCUUUGAAAGGCAGUUACUGCGCAUGCACAGUAGCCACUUUUGUCCUCUAAAUUUGUAUUUAAGAUAUUCCUGUUUAAUAAUAACCGAGUUGAGAAGUCUGUAACCCAUUCUGAUUGAUUGCCAAAAUGAAUUUCCCAGACUCUUGCGUUUGAGUUCAAAGAGAAAAACACGUUUGGUGGGUGACUCCCGCGGUCGCCCACGGAUUCACACUCCUAGGGCCAAAUUCUGGUGACCUCACAUAGGUUGUUCAGGUCCUCCCGCAAGAAGGGACCGCACUGCAGCAGUGGGAUCGUGGCAAAGCCCACACUGUUUUGUGAGUAAUGGGUCUGACCCAUUUGUCACGGCCUCUUCCCAACUCAUAGAGUUGCGCUCUGCCCACUCCAGUGCUGUUUUCCUGAAGCCACAUGGGUAACCUGAUAAAUGACCGCUUUUCUCCCGGGAUUUUCUUUAGUUCUGACGCGUUCUGAGCUGAAAUUGAGGAAUCUUUUAAAUGAAAACAAAUAUAUAUAAAAAAAAUCCAUCAGAGUUUAUUCCAACAGCCAGUGAAGACGCUGGGAAUUGUCCCAUCGCUUCAUGUGGUCGUUGGAACACGCUCUUAUAAAAGGAAUUCAGAAAUGAUCACUGUGACAGUGGUGCAUGUGAGCAAUCCUAAUGUAAGCCCGUAUCUCCUGCUAAAAAGGUUUUGCCACUGUAGACUGAACUGUGGGACUUGUUAUUGGUUUUUUUUUUUUUCUCCUUAGGAUACACGCAUACCCAUGGUUCCACAUCUGUAUGUGUGUACUCUGUACGUGUGUGAGUGUUGUACAGCCACGUGCGAGUGUGAGUCCGUGUGUGUGUAUAAAUACAAAAGAAAAAAAAAAAAAGCUGCAGAAACUUUGUAAUACUUUGUGAAAAGGAUUAUAUUAUAAAGGUUUGUACUGUCUUGAGUGCACAGCUACUGGAAUAAAUGUAGGGAAUCUCAGGAACAAGCAUAUAAUUUGUCCAAGAAUUAUUUCUUCUCAGAAGUGUAAGUGCAGUUUUUAAUUCUGUAUAUUAUUUAAUAUUUUACCAAUAAAAAUAAACUUCUGACAUGAAAGGGGUUUCCAUUCAAGCUUUCUGGAAGCACUGGUGUAUGCAUACAUUUUUCUUUCUUGCAGCAGGAAACGCGUGUGGCAGUUUGGCACCUGAAAGGAAUUGCGUUUCUACCUUAUAUCGACUCCUGUGAAUCCAAUAGAGGGUCUGAAUGCGUUAGGGGUUGGGGUUAUGGGUUAUGAGAGUGGUGAAUUGGGUGCAGAUCCACUUUAACUAUUCAUUGAAGCGAGUGACAUUCUUUUCAUCAGCCUCAGCGUGAAGUAGUCCCCCCUCUAAGGUCCUACCGUGUCGGAUGGCGGCAUUGGUCACCUGCCAUAUGGUCAGUGAUGUUACAGAAAUGAGUUAGUGGCCCAAGGUCCAAUUCUUGCUGGAAGACACUCAGACCACAUAAACAAUUCCUCUGAACCCUUCCCUCAGCGUGGGGUUUGAGCUGAGUUUCCCUCCUUUUUCUUGAGAAGUGAUCUUCCUGUUAGGGAUUUAUUGAGUAGUUCACAUCAUCUAACGCGUUCUUUCUUUCGUAACGCAGCUAUCAGUCCGGUAGCAUUCAUGGUACGAGCUCUUCAGAAUAAAAGGAAGAUCUUAUGAGGCUUCGUAAGUUGUUUGUUGUUUGUUUUAAGAAUCUCUUGUGAAUUCUUGGUUAAAGAUUAAC